GUGCGGCCGCUCGUCGACUCGGUGCUGCGGGGCUUCAACGGCACCGUGCUCGCCUACGGGCAGACGGGCACCGGCAAGACCUACACCAUGCAGGGUGCCUGGGCGGAGCCGGAGCAGCGCGGCGUCAUCCCCAGCGCCUUCGAGCACAUCUUCACCCACAUCUCCCGCUCGCAGGACCAACGGUACCUGGUGAGGGCCUCCUACCUGGAGAUCUACCAGGAGGAGAUCAGGGACCUGCUGGCCAAGGACCAGAGCAAGAAGCUGGAGCUGAAGGAGAACCCUGAGACGGGGGUGUACAUCAAGGACCUCUCCUCCUUCGUCACCAAGAACGUCAAGGAGAUCGAGCACGUGAUGAACCUGGGCAGCCAGGCGCGGGCAGUGGGCAGCACCAACAUGAACGAGCGCAGCUCCCGCUCCCACGCUAUCUUCCUCAUCACCGUCGAGUGCAGCGAGACAGGGCCGGAUGGCGAGGAGCACAUCCGCGUGGGCAAGCUCAACCUGGUGGACCUGGCCGGCAGCGAGCGCCAGAGCAAAAUGGGGGCCCACGGGGAGCGCCCCAAGGAGGCAUCCAAGAUCAACCUCUCCCUCUCCGCCCUGGGCAACGUUAUCUCCGCCCUGGUGGAUGGCAAGAGCACGCACAUCCCCUACCGGGACUCCAAGCUGACCCGCCUGCUGCAGGACUCCCUCGGGGGCAACGCCAAGACAAUCAUGGUGGCCACCUUGGGCCCGGCCUCUCACAGCUAUGAGGAGAGCCUCUCCACCCUCAGGUUCGCCAACAGGGCCAAGAACAUCAAGAACAAGCCCCGAGUGAACGAGGACCCCAAGGACACCUUGCUGCGGGAGUUUCAGGAGGAGAUUGUCCGGCUGAAAGCCCAGCUGGAGAAACGUGGCAUGCUGGGGAAGAAGAGGAGAAGGAGCAGCCGGAGGAAGAAAGCGCUGGAUGGAGAAGGUGCCACGGAGAACGAAGGGGAGGAUGACAACGAGGACGGCCUGGAGAAGAACAUGGAGAACUACUUGAAGGAGCAGAAGGAGAGACUGGAAGAGGAGAAAGCCGCUAUCCAGGAUGACCACAGCCUGGUGAGUGAGGAGAAGCAGAAGCUGCUGCAGGAGAAGGAGAAGAUGAUAGAAGAUCUGCGAAAGGAGCAGGAGGCCACCGAGCUGCUGGCCACUAAGUACAAGGCGAUGGAGAGCAAGCUGCUCAUCGGUGGCAGGACCAUUGUGGACCACACCAAUGAGCAGCAGAAGAUGCUGGAGCUGAAGCGGCAGGAGAUAGCCGAGCAGAAACGCCGGGAGCGGGAGAUGCAGCAGGAGAUGUUGCUGCGGGACGAGGAGACCAUGGAGCUGCGGGAGACUUACACCUCGCUGCAGCAGGAGGGGGAGAUCAAAACCAAGAAGCUGAAGAAGCUGUACGCCAAGCUGCAGGCCGUGAAGGCGGAGAUCCAGGACCAGCACGACGAGUACAUCCGCGUGCGCCAGGACCUGGAGGAGGCACAGAACGAGCAGACGCGGGAGCUGAAGCUCAAGUACUUGAUCAUCGAGAACUUCAUCCCACCAGAAGAGAAGAACAAGAUCAUGAACCGCCUGUACUUCGACGGUGAGGAGGACCAGUGGAAAUUCCAGCCGCUGGUGCCCACUGGAGGGAACAGCAACCAAAUGAAGAAGCGGCCUACCUCUGCAGUGGGGUACAAGAGACCCAUCAGCCAGUACGCUCGCGUGGCCAUGGCCAUGGGUUCUCAUCCUCGGUACCGGGCUGAGAACAUCAUGUUCUUGGAGUUGGACCUCUCCCCUCCAGCCAUCUUCGAGUUUGAGCGGAGCAGGGACCCGGCGGAGCAGGACCCCCGGGCUCUCCACCUGGAGAGGCUGAUGCACCUGGACAGCCUCCUGGAGCGGCCGGCAGCCUCCCGGGUGAGGAAGUCCCGCUCCUGGUGCCAGACGCCGCGGUCAUUGCCAUCCUCAACCACGCAUGUCUCCCUCACCUCCGGCUCCCCGUGCACCUCGGCUCAGGAGUGA